AUGAGAUGGUACACUUCCACUGCAGUCUGGGCUUGCUGCUUGCUGAUUUCAUGGAUAUAUCAAGGAGCCUCACAGUCAGACCAGCUUACACAAGGAGAAGGGAUUGAGGAUUCCAUCACUGAACUGAAGAAAACAGCUCUGAUGCGAGGAUACAAAGGCAAUAUGCAAGUACCAAGAUACCCACUAUAUAUGAUGCAGCUGUAUAAGUCAUUCAGGACAGGGGACAGCUCCAGUCUGGCAGCUUACAAGAACUCUGUGUUACAGGCAUCAGACACAGUUCUGAGCCUUACUGCUAAAAGUUGUGUACAAGAUGGUGACUACUGGAGCAUCACAUUUGAUAUGUCAUCUGUUUCAUCCAAUGCAGAACUUCACCUGGCAGAGCUUCGCAUCCACUUGCCCCCAUUUUCCUACUCCAGAAAUGUAACAAUCAGGAUCUAUCACUCAGAGAAUUUCAAGUGUCAAGAUCAGGAGACAUGCCAGGGAAAACUGCUGUUGGGCAUGUUCACUGCCACCCCGUCAUCCACAGCAUCUUCAUGGAAAGUGUUCAAUAUCACAUCAAUGAUGAAGUAUUGGCUGGAACGGGGAGCAAGGUUCCAUGCUGGAAGUCACCAUCCAGUUCACGAUAUGGGAGAUGAUACUACGGCAGCAGCAUAUGAGGAUUACAUUGGAGUGACUCACAAUCCAAAACUGAAUCCACAUACUCAAAAACAUUCAGUACAUCAUACUGUUGACAAAGUGUUAAUGGUUAUUUUCUCUAAGCAGAAGCCUUUGAAGCAUUCAUCUCAUUUUCCAACACUACUGAAGACUGUGGAAGAAUUUCGACACAGUGCCAAAGAAGAUACUUCGGUGAAUGUUGGAGGUCGGAGGCACAGGAGGAACAGAAAAGGUGAAGAAGGAAUGAUAAUGGCCAACAGGACAGAGACAAUACCAGAAGGUACCAGUCCUUUAUGUAGGAAGGUGGACAUGUAUGUGGACUUCGACCAGAUUGGCUGGGGAGGAUGGAUUGUGUACCCUAAACGGUACAAUGCCUACAGAUGUGAGGGUGACUGCCCGAGUCCAGUGGAUGAAAGCUUUAAACCAACCAAUCAUGCAUAUAUGCAGAGUUUAUUGCGGCUGUAUCAUCCUAAUCGAGUACCUUGCCCAUUCUGUGCACCAGUUAAACUGAGUCCUCUCUCUAUGUUGUACUAUGAAAAUGGAGAUGUUUUACUUCGUCACCAUGAAGACAUGAUUGUGGAAGAGUGUGGAUGCCAUUAAAUGAACUUAAGAUUUGACUGUAAUCU